AUGGCCAGGGCAAGAUUGUCUUGGUUGACCUCUCAAUACUCUGAUGUUGUCUCUAUGGUAGUCAGUGACUGUGUUUGUGCUGAUUCUGGUCUGCCACCUAAAAAGCAGGAAGAUUUUGAACUUGAGUUAGACUUCAAGCCGCAGCUCUUAUCCCGUCUAGCAUUCCCGGCUGAUGCAAUUAUCAAAAUGGCUAGAGCAAAAUUGCUCCAGUUCACCUCUAUCAGUUCUGGUGGAGCUUCUGUUUUGAUUAGUGAUGAUGUCUACGCUGAUCUUGGCUUGUCGUAUGAUCAGCACAAAGAUUUUGAACCUGCACUACUACUUCAGGCUGCUGCAGUUAACUUCUCAAAUGAGAAGUUUGACUCUGCAUGUAAUUCGCUUGGGAUCUGUGUACAGUCUGCCUUCCUCACUGGUAAUCCACUUCAAAGAGUCGCCUACUUUUUCGCUACAGCCCUCCAAGAAAGGAUUACACGGGAGGUGGGCACAAUGGUUCAUUCAGAGGCACUUGCAGGAAAUCAAAGGAAGCAAACAGUUGAUGAGGCUUUUACGAGUCUACAACCAGCUGUGAUAGAAUGUCAGUAUGAACUUCCUUUCUGUCAAAUAUCCCAAUUCGCUGCAAUCCAAGCCAUAAUGGACAAUGUGGCUUCUGCCAAAAGAGUUCAUUUGGUUGAUCCGGGGAUCAAAACCGGGUCAUAUUGGCCUGUCAUGAUGCAAGCUCUUGCUGAUAGGUAUGAUUGUCCACUUGAGCUUCUCAAAAUAACUGCUGUUGGACCAUCAAAACAGAUUAUUGAAGAGGUAGUUGUCUCAGAGAUCAGGUAUCUUGAGGCAGAUUUCUUUGAGUUAGAAGCUGAUGAAGUAUUGGCAGUUCACUCAAGGUUGAGCAAAGGAAUCUCGAAAAGACACAUUGUGCGUUUUGGGAUUUUGAUUGCUUGA